UCUACUUGUCUGUAAUCUAAACGCAAACCCUAGCCAUGUACAUGUAUACGUCUCAAUCUUCUUCUCUUCUUCGUUCUCGCUUCGCUUCCUCUUCCUCUUCUCUCUCUAGAGUUCAGUUACCGCUUUCUGUUUUCAGAGCCACUGCUCCGUCCUCGUUUUGCGCUCCGUCUUCUGUUUCCUUGUCUCUUUGUGAUCAGAAGUUCCGGAGUUUGAGGUUCUAUACUGUGUUGAGAUCUCUAUGUGUUUGAUGCUGCAAUGGUGAGUCAAAUAACUUAGUUUCUGGAUUAUCACCUUCUCAUGGAAGAGAGAAGGGGGCGAGGGUCUGAAUGGUGGUUGCGUGAUUUUAGUCAAAUUAUUAGGAUAAAUGUGGACAAUUGUUCUUCCUUUCUCGAUGAUCUGUUAUUAAAAAUGCAGAGAUACAAAGCAGAUGGGCAAGACACCAUUGUCCUAGCUGGAGCAGAAUAUGGAAGUGGCAGUUCUCGAGAUUGGGCUGCCAAGGGUCCAAUGCUAAUAGGAGUUAGAGCAGUGAUUGCCACGAGCUUCGAGACAAUUCACCGUAGUAAUCAGGUUGGAAUGGGGAUUAUUCCUCUUUCUUCUAAUUUGCAUUACAAUUUCUCUUCUUUCAUCGUGAAGGAUCAUAGUAUGAGGAUCAUUACUUCAUUUGCAAAUUAGUAGAUCGCUUGCACCUUUUAGUGCAAAGUUGGACUAUAGAAAAGAGGGAUAUGUAAAGAAGUAGGAGCAGGAGCAGGAGCAGAGAAGACAAGAUUAGUCCAUGAAGAAGUAUGUCACUUCCAAUGUUCAAACUAAAGCUUUCC